GCAUGUCAUUGUGCCUUGGCAUCUUCUUCUGAUUUUUAGUUACUGUGAGUUUUCAGGUGGCAGGCGUAGUACGCAAUAGAUCUGUUGAAAUGGUGGAGGCCCUUUACAACAUGAAUAAGGCAUAUCUAACUUUGCCAGAGGGGUCAGCUUCUGUAGCUGGCUUAAUUGCAAUGAUGAUUGAUCACUAUAAUGUCCUGGAAGGAAGUGAUAGUGACCGAGAGAGCAAUGAUGCUUCAAGGUUGUCCCGGAAGACUCAUACUCAGAAGCGUGGGCGAGGAAAAGUUCAGUCUAAUGCAUCGCAAGAUCUUUUACUAUCUCCGUCAAUUGCCUCAAAAAAUGUUGGAUCUUUAUCCUUAUUUAAGAGAAGGCGCUCUGAUGGCUGCACAGUUCGUAAAAGGACACCUCGCUUCCCAGUUACAUAUUCAUCUAGAAAUGAUGGCAAUGAUAACUAUGUUUCACCUAAUAAAAGAGGCCAAAAGUUGGAGUUGGAUGAUGAUGUCGAACAUGUGGUGGCAUUAGCAUUAACACAGGCUUCACAAAGGGGACGCUCGCCCCAAGUUUCUCGAUCACCAUUUAGGACUGAUCACAUGAAAUCCUCACCUUUCCAAAGCUGGCUUUCGCAAUCAGAGAUGGGCCGAGCCAGGCCUCAUGGUCCUGCAAUUGAAGAAGACUGUUUGGAAGGUAGUUUAGGCAGCAGAGGAGCUAAAAAUGGAGACUAUGCCAGAAAUACAAGUGCUUUGACAGAUAAAGGUGUAGGUAUUGCAGAUAUUUAUCAGAAGGGGAAAAAAGUUUAUAGAAGGAAAGGAAAUGUUGAAGAUAUUAGAAUCAACCAGUUUGAUGAUGGUUGGGAAGCAUGUAGUGGCACUGAAGAAGGUCUUAAUGUUAGUGAUGUGAAGGGAGGAGUUGAUAUUGAGGUUACAAAUUCGAAAAUUGAGCAUUCUUCGUCUCUGGGUAAAAGAAAGAGAAACAAAAAACUUUUCUUUGGAGAUGAAACAUCAGCCUUGGAUGCGCUGCAAACUUUGGCAGAUUUGUCUCUGAUGAUGCCAGCAUCAGCAGUAGAAUCUGAAUCCUUUGUGCAGUUGGGGGAUAAACCAAGUUCUGCUUUAGUUGAUGGGUCAAAUGUACAUGAAGCUAUGUCUAACCGAAGAGACAAAACUAAAUUCCUUGGUGUUAGAGAGAAAGUACGUGGAUUAUCUGGGUUGGAGGCUACAUAUGAAAAAUCCAAACUUGGAAGGGACUUGGCAGUCAGUGUUAAUGCUAUCUCUGAAGGAGAGCAGCCACUUCCCUCAUCUAAUAAACCUCGGAAAAGAAAACGAAAAUCCUCGUCGUUGAAGGCCUUAUCUGAAGAGGAGGAAAAAAUUGUGAUUAAUGGCAAACAUACUGGUCAGAAUUUUUCUGCUUCGAAUCAAGGGGAACCAAUCAGGCCUGCAGAGUGUUCUUCUUCAAGUAGUGAUAAGAAAAGGCUAGGCAAUAACUCAGCGGUAUCUACUGCAGAGGUUCCGGCUACAAGCCAUGCAAAUUUACCAACCAAACAUAGAAGUAGGCGUAAGAUGGAUCCAGUAAGAACACAAACUCAGAAUGAGAUUAAGUCUCCUGGGAACACUUUCAAAGAUCUUUCUAACAAAUAUCCUACACUUCAAGAUGGGGCACUUCAUCUGAAGGAUAAGCUUUCUUGUUGCCUAUCAUCCUCGUUGGUACGUAGAUGGUGCACAUUUGAGUGGUUUUACAGUGCAAUUGACUACCCUUGGUUUGCCAAAAGGGAGUUUGUAGAGUACUUAAAUCAUGUGGGACUGGGUCAUAUACCAAGGCUAACUCGUGUCGAGUGGGGUGUCAUAAGAAGUUCUCUAGGCAAACCUCGGAGGUUUUCUGAACACUUCCUACACGAAGAAAAGGAAAAGCUUAAACAGUACCGGGAAUCUGUUAGACAACAUUAUACUGAACUUUGUGCUGGUAUUAGGGAAGGACUACCAACAGAUUUAGCACGGCCUUUAUCAGUUGGACAACGAGUAAUUGCUCUUCAUCCCAAAUCAAGAGAAGUUCAUGAUGGAAGUGUGCUCACAAUUGAUCAUGACAAGUGCAGGAUUCAGUUUGACCGGCCUGAGCUGGGGGUUGAAUUUGUCAUGGAUAUAGAUUGUAUGCCUUUAAAUCAAUCAGAAAAUAUGCCAGAAGCUAUUAGGAGACGGAACAUUGGAGUUGAUAAAUUUCCUUCAAAUUCUAGAGAACCAAAAGCUGGACAAUCAAAUAUUGGAGGGCCUGUUGUAUUUGCUCCUAAUGAGUAUCUGGAGAAUUUAUGCAGUUCCAUGCAUACUCUGACAAAUCAGCCAAAGGGUGAUGCAGUUUAUGCCAUUUCACAAGCUAAAGCAGCUGCAAUUGACCUUAUUAAUUCUCCAGAGGCAGCUCGUAGUAAUCCUUGCACAGUGGCACAGAUACAUGCAAGGGAAGCUGAUAUAAAGGCUCUUACUGAUUUGACUAGCGCUCUAGAUAAAAAGGAAGCAAUAUUGAUGGAACUUAAGCAUGCAAAUGAUGAAGUGUUGAAAAAAGAAAGCAAUGGAGAUAGUUUGUUAAAGGAUUCUGAACUUUUCAAAAAGCAAUAUGCUGUGGUAUUAUUACAGCUAAAGGAAGCCAGUGACCAGGUUUCUUCUGCUCUGCUUAAUUUAAGGCAACGCAACACGUACCAAGGGAACUCUUUGUCUCCAUGGCUGAAGCCUUUGGCCACUUCAAAUGGAUUCAAUGGCCCCCCAUGUUCUACUGACCAUCCUUCAAUUAGUUAUCACGAGUCAGGACCUAAUGUUGUUGAGAUUGUCAAAGAUUCAAGAUUUAAAGCACAUACGAUGGUAGAUGCUGCUAUUCAGGCAAUGUCUUCAAUAAAGAAUGGGGAAGAUCCUUUCAAGCGUAUUGGAGAGGCUUUAGAUUCUUUUGAUACACAAAAAUUCACAACGGAUUGUGGGGGGGCAGUCCUGAAAUCUCCAGAACAAGUUAAUGGUGGUACUGUUCAUCAACGCCAGGUUCCUUCUACUUCAGAGACCCUGCAGAGAGGUUUUGCAUCUGGUACUAAAUUGCAUAAUGAUUCUGAUGGAAUUGAAGCACAAAUCCCAUCAGAGCUCAUUACUUCUUGUGUUGCUACUUUGCUUAUGGUACAGAUGUGUACUGAACGCCAAUAUCCGCCAGCUGAUGUGGCACAGAUACUGGAUUCUGCCGUUACAAGCUUGCAUCCUUGCUGCCCUCAGAACCUUCCCAUCUACAGAGAGAUACAAAUGUGCAUGGGAAGGAUCAAAACCCAGAUAUUGGCACUUGUACCAUCCUGAACUCUCAAUUCUACUCAUUUGUUCUUGAAAGCUGUGUAAAUGCAUGGUUGGUCUCAGUGUUCCAUCUCCUGUUCCGGUAAUUUUGUUUUUUCCUUCUUCGAAUUUGACCAUGUUAUCCAAAAUUGAAUAUUUUUUUUUCCAGAAUUGGUUUCACCCCUUUGUUAACUUCUAAAAAUUUUGUUUUUUGUGAAAUAAAUGGGAUGUGGAAGAAAUUUUUUCCUUUAUU